GCGAGUGCCCUGCUCUCCUUCCCCUCCUUCCCCCUCAUCCCCUCCAUCCCUUUCGCGCAACCAGCGCCCAGAAGACACGCACGCCCACGCUCCUACCCCAUACACAUAGAAACACACGCACUCCGCACCCCGCACUCCCCCCCCCCCUCUCCCUCGCCUCGUGUGCGCGCGCUCGCACCAUGCGGCCCGAUCGCGCACAGCCGGGUGGCCCUCCACAGGCCCCCCCGCUGCCGGAGUCCCUGGCAGCGGAUGAGUCAACCCGGCGUGGUGCGCAGGAGCGCUUCCUCCUGGCGCGGACGGUCUCGGCGCGGCUGAACCUGGGCCUGCAGGCACGCGCUGUCCAGCAGCGCCGGGUGUUUAGAACGCUCGAGGGUCGGCUGCCCGCGCGGCCGAGGGCCGACUCGUCCAUGCUUUCCGGGCCGCUGGGGCCAUGCCUGCAAUGCCAGUCGCAGCCGCACCUGGUCAACCAGUGCACCCCGGGCACCUUCCUGUCGGAUGAGGACUCCGAUGACGCGGAGUUUGUCAACUACUCCGGGUCGGCCUUCGUGACGAAGCGCCUGAGGGCCAAUCGUGGGUCGCGCGCGGCCCGGCUCCUCCUGCCCUCGGAAGACUCGCAACCGUCGCUGUCGCCUUCGCAGGAGCAGCAGCAGCAGCAGCAGCAGCAGCAGCAGCAGCAGCAGCAAGUCGCCUCAAGUGACCGGGCAGCUGAGACGGCGCCGAUCCGGGCGGCCGGCUUGCGGCGGGUGGCCGCGCGACCGGCCGCCUGCGGCCCCUGCGCCGCCUUCGGCCGGGUGUGUGAGUGGCCGGCAUCGCAGCCCCGGGGCCAGGGCCGGCUCACGCCGCUGGAGCUGGCCCGCCAGCCGCAGGCCGGCCACACGCGCGAUGCUCCCUUUGCCCGGGACCCCACGCGGCCGGCCCUGGCCUGGGAGCGUCUGCCGGCCGGGGCACGCGCCUCGCCCAUGGACUUGGAUCGGGUGCGCCGGGCUCGGGACCUGGGCCACCCGCGGGCUGGCCGGCUGGAGGCCAUUGCGCGGGAUCUGGCCGCGGAAGAUGCGGCCCGGAGGUCGGCCCACGGCGACCCGGGGAUCCUGGCCCGGGAGUAUGGGUACCGGGGCCGGCCGCGGGCCCCGGCCACCCUCGACAAUCCGCUCGGGCUGGGGGCCGGCAUGGGGCCCGCACAUCGGGCCGCCUUUUCCCGGUCCUCCUCCUUGCAAUCCUGGGACCGACGCAUGGGGGCCGGGUCGCUUCGGCGCGACUCGCCCCGGCACCGGGGGGCCAUUCGGGCGGCCGUGGCAGCCAGUCGCCGUGCGCAGCAGGCCCGCGCGUGGCCCCGACACGCGGCCCCCUGGCGCCAUGGCCAGCGGUAUGAUGACCCGCGGCGCCGGCUGAGCACCACGGCACCGGCAGUGCGCGAACGGGAAGACCUCCUGGACCGCAUGGAUGGAGCCAUCGCCCACCGGCAGUUCGAGGAGGGCGUCAAUCAGGCAGAGCCUAGCCUGACUGGCAUGCGGCUGGGCGUGCCGUCGCUCCCGUCGCCGGACUUCCUGGCGCAGAUCCACCAUGCGGGGUCGCUCUUCGCGGAGGCGGUCUUCCAGGGCCCGGACAACCUGGAGCACGAUCUCUUCGGGUCACUGGAUCAUUCGGGGCUCGUGGCGGUGGGCGUCCUGUUGGAGUCCAUCAUGCGGCACUCCUUGGGCUUCUAUACGGAGGCCGUGCCGCCGGCCGAUCCGCUGGCCGACCGGCGCACGGCCUUCGGCUAUCGGCUGGGCAUUGCGGAGCCCAUCGAGCGCCUGGCCUUCGCCCUGCAGCGAGCCGAGCGCGAGGCCCUGCGGGCGCGCGUGCGGUCCUUGGCCUCGCACUCGCAAGACACGGCCGCCUACCGCCGGGCGGUGGAGGAUCUGCAGCACGCGGAAACCGCCAUGGGCACCGACCCGUGGGGGUCUUUCCUGGACUGGACCGACAGCCGGUCGCCGUGGGUGCAGACCGGCAAGCGGCCUGGCGCCCUGGCCGCCGGGCUGGCGUACUUGCCGCCGGUGACGGCCAUCCCGCGGGCCCGGCUCGGCCAGUGGACCGAGCUCCCGGCCCCGGAGGACCGGCACCUGGCCGGCAACCGGCAGUUUGCGCGGGCCCUCUCACGCGAAACCGGCCCCCCGCCGGGCGACCACCCCGCCGAGCGGGCCAUCAAGUUGGAAUCCGACUUCGGGGCAGGGCAUCCGGCGGUGGUGGGCGCGCGGCUGCGUGCUCGCGCCAGGCUCCUGCGGCGCAUCGGUCUGGAGGGGGGCGCCGGUGUCCCCUUGGCUGGACCGGCCGCGGGAUCGGCCGGCCCCGAGCCCGGCCUGGAUUCCGGAUCCGACUCCGAGAGGGAGGCCGGCGAGGCGGCCGCCGGUCUGGAUCCCGGUGGCGCGCGCUUGCACUUUGGCCCCAUGCGACCCAUGGGCAGUGUGGUGGAUGUGGACAGCUCCGAUGAGGAGACCCUGUCCCAGCACUUCAUCCCCUCGCUGGAUGCGAUCGCCCUGCUGUCGGACGAGUCCGAUGUCCCGGGGCCGGGAGGCGCCGAUGGCCGCUGGCUCGGCGAUGGGGAUGACGGGUAUGGCGAGGAUGGGGACGACGAGUACAUCGACCGGGAUGACAGCGAGCCGGAGCCCGACGAUGAGGCCGGUGCCGGUCUGAGUGCGGGUUCCCUGUCGGAAGGGUCCUCCUCGGAUUCCGGCCGCCGGGGUCUGGACGGGCAUUCGGCCUCGGAUGACCAUUCGCUGAGCGACUCCUCCGACGGCGAUUGACGCCGCCCGGCCUUGUCCUUGUCCCGCUGCCUGUGCCCCAUGCUUCAGGCUGCCGCUGCUGCCCCGAUGGCCGUGCUACAAUGGCCGCCGUGUUCGCGACCAACCACCAGCAUGAAUAGACAUCGUAGACACAUCGUGGGUACACAUGCCAUGCUCCCAUGUUGCUUUGUUUGCCUGCUUGCCUGUUUGCUUGUGAGUGCGCGCCUGCGUGACCAUGCCCAUGCCCAUGUCGAUAUAUGCG